UAUACCGUCAGCUCCCCGCUUCCAUGUGCGCCUGCGCUCCCUCUCCUCCUCCUCCUCCUCCUCCCUCCGCGAUGUGGCUCCGUUUUCUACUUGACAUCCCAACGGAAGACAUGCCCAGAAUCAAACCCGGGGCUUCUCACUAGCGGAGAUUAAGGCCCCCACGAGUCUGGGCUUCAUACAGACCGGCAGGUUGUCCUGAGCAUCCCGCUUCGCACCGCGGCAAUGGAGCGCUCCUGAUCCCAACACAGGACGCCUGGAGAGCUCAGCCGUCGUCUUCUGCCGUCGCCUCUCAGAUCUGUGUGGAUAUUUCGAGCCUUGACCAUGUCUGCGAGAGAGAAGGGGAUCCUGACCAAAGACAGCGUCAGCCUGCUUCCCUGUUUCUAUUUUGUGGAGCUGCCAAUCCUGGUAUCAUCUGUGGUUAGUCUGUACUUCCUGGAGUGGACGGAUGUGUUUGAGCCGGUGAAGUCUGGCUUCAAUUGCCAUGACCGCAGCCUAAGCCUGCCCUAUAUUGACCCCAACCAUGAAGUCAUCCCCCUGCUGAUGCUGCUCAGCCUGGCCUUCGCUGGACCUGCCAUUACGAUAAUGAUUGGAGAGGCCAUCCUGUUUUGCUGUCUGUCUCGGAGGAAGAGUGGUGCUGGGGCUGAGGCUAACAUUAAUGCUGCUGGCUGUAACUUCAACUCCUUCAUACGCAGAGCUGUUCGCUUCAUUGGUGUUCAUGCGUUUGGUCUUUGUGCCACAGCCCUCAUCACUGACAUCCUCCAGCUAAUGACAGGCUACCCAGCACCCUACUUCCUCACAGUGUGUAAACCCAACUACACCACACUCAACGUCAGCUGUGAGCAGAACCCUUACAUCAUGGAGGAUAUCUGUUCAGGAGCCGACCCUGCAGCCAUCAACCAGGGGAGAAAAUCCUUCCCAUCACAGCACGCCACCCUCGCAUCCUUCGCUGCUGUCUAUAUCUCAAUGUACUUUAACAGCACUCUUACGGACUCAUCCAAGCUCCUCAAGCCCCUUCUGGUUUUCUCCUUCAUUAUUUGUGCCAUCAUCUGUGGUCUGACCCGGAUUAUUCAGUACAAGAACCAUGCCAUCGACGUGUACCUGGGCUUCUUGCUUGGAAGUGCUAUUGCUGUCUACCUGGGGUUGUAUGCGGUUGGAAAUUUUCAGUCUAGUGAAGAGACCACCAGUAGUUCCCCUCCACUGCUACAUCGCCUCCCCUGCUCUUUACCACACAUAAGCCAGGAGGCCGUACUCCACCACUUGCAAAUGAAAGCCAGCAUGGCCGGGGAGCCUGGUUUAUCCACCUCCCAUUCUGAGGGCCUGAAGAGGUCCAGUGCAGAUGUGGAAGUGAUCUCACCCCGCAGCCCUCAGAACAAAGAUGCCAUGGUGACCUUUAGCCACACCCUUCCUCGGGUCCACACCCCCCAGGCCAUGGCAGCAUAUGAGGAAGCAGCUAGACGUCAUGCUGCCACCCUCCACCACGCCUCCAUGGACUCCAGUCGUUCAAAGCAGCUUCUGUCUCAAUGGAAAAGUAAGAACAACAACCAUAAAUGCUCCCUGCAAGUCCCAGACUCCUUCUCCUCUUCUGUAGACUCAUCAUCUGGCCAGUCCUCCCAGCAUCUGCAUCACCAUGGUAGCAUGGAGCUCCGAUCCAGCUCUGAACCAUGUGCUAUGGGCCUAAAUGGAGGCUUUGAUGGUAAUGCAUACAUGUCUAAACUGGCCACAGGUGCUAGUACCACUCUGCCCAGUAACUGUAGUGGUAUCACUGGAGGGGCUAGGAUAUCCAUGCAGUCUAGACCUGGGUCUUCACAGCUGGUCCACAUACCAGAGGAAGCUCAUGAGAAUUACAACACUGCUGCCCCAGGAAUGGGGGUAGGAGGAGGAAGUGAGGGGAUUUCGACAUUAAAUAACACAGCUCAGGCUAACUGGCAAAGGGCAGCAGAGAAGACUACAGCCUGCAGGACUAAUGAUAAUGGCCAGAACACCCAACCACGAAUCAUGCAAGUGAUUGCUAUGUCCAAGCAACAGGGCCUACUACAGACCCAUUCCAAGAGUUUAGAUGAGAGUAGCAUUGGCUGCGGUACCACUGGGAGUUGCCAGGGCACUACUCGUUACAGGGCACUAGCUGAUCAAGAUCCCACUAACACCACAGGGCCCAGCUCACUGGGUAGUACCACAGGCAGUAUUUCAGGGAGUACUGGAGCAAUUGUCAGAGUAGACGCCCACCCUGAAAAUAACAAGCCAGUGAUCCAAGCUCCCUCCACAGAUGGAAGUGGAUCCUGGAGGUGGCGGUCUCUGGAUCAUGGCACUGGAGUUGGUGGAGGCACAGGGACUAGUGGAACAGCAGGAGGCUCAGGAGGAGGAGGUGGUAGUUUGAGGCAGUCCUUUGAGCUCAAUGAUCUAAACAGAGACUCAGAAAGCUCAGACUCUAUACGCGAAGGGUCCAUUGACAGGAAGCGUGCCAAUCACGUCGUUACCACAACUGCCACUGUUAGCACCCCACCCAUAGUUACUGUUCACACCCAAAACACCAGCCAGUCAGAGCAGAGGCUCCAACCCCAGGGCCUCUCUACCAUAAGGGUCACUCCAGGGGAUGGCAGUACUUCUGGAUCUGGAGCAGGUGGUGGCGGAGGAGGAAGUGGAGAGACCACUUCAGAAACCCACUCGGUCGUUUCCAGUCGUGAGUCCACACUGCGGAGAAAAGGCAAUAAUAUCAUCCUGAUUCCAGAGAGAGCUAACAGUCCUGAUAAUGCCCGUAACAUUUUCUACAAGGGAACAUCUAUAACUCCUGUUUUCAAGGACUAACAUACUAAAUCAUUGGAGACUUUAGAGAAGACAUAGUUAAUAAUACAAUACAGCUGGAUUUUCUGAGAACUGUGACAAAAUGUCCAUAUUGCCUGCCAUUGUAUAUAUCAUGAAAACUUCAAAAGAAAAGGUUUUAUUCAGCAUGAGAUUUUUGUACGUGUUUACACAAAAUCACAACCUUUUAAGUGUUGUAGAAAUAAUCACUGUGUACUUUUGUGGUCACUCCUAAGGAAACCUAUUGUAAUGUCACGUGUGCCAGUGUUUUGAAGAUUUGAAAACAUUUUUUACACAGUUCUGUAUGUUUUGGAUAUAAAUAAUCACAAAAAAACAAAAAAGCAAGUUGCGCGGUAACACUGAACUGUAGCAAAAUCAGCAAAUAGAACUACAAAAAAAUAAAAAAUUGUAUCAUAGCUGUGAAACCAGAGUUUACUUCCCUGCACUGUAAAUAUUGUGUAUGUUUGAAAAGGGUGCUACACCAGAAAAUACUAUUUACUAUACAACAUACUGUAUAAUUUAAAUAGAUAAAGAAAGAAUUAUUUUACAAAGAGUGGACAACACUGACAUUAAUAUGUGACAGAGAUAUGUUUUGUAUUUUGUCUCUUACUGUACAGAUACUGCAUACUCAACAGAAUACUGUUUUGAACCAUAAGUGUGCUUAGCAUUCCUUCUGUAGCUAUGGAGUCAAAUAUGCUGUGACUUGCACUGAAAUAUGCGUUUACUGUACAUCGUAUACUAUAAACCCUGACCUUACCUUUAUAUCCUGUAAUUAUGUUUUGAUGUUCAUGUCAGUUUCAUAUCUACAGCACAAAAAGGUAGCAUAACAAUGGUAUAUCCUGCUUCGUUUGCCAUAAAAUAAUUAGUACAUUUCCCAAACUCAAUGCAAUACUUGACCUCAAGCUUCCCAAAUGAAUUUGAGAGGUUUCAUUCUGCUUAAACAGUCACAAAUGGUGUAGUUAUUUUUGGGAUGUCAGUAAACAAAAGAACAAAGAAACGGCAAGUCCUGUAUCAGUUUUAUCUUAAUGUGUUUGCAACAGAGAUAGUGAGUAAAGGGUGUGUUUAGCUUAGCUUAGCACAAAUAUCUGGCUGCCUAUAGUGUUAGUCCAGCUGUUAGUCCAAAUGUAGAAAUAGUUCUAAAAGCUGAAAAAAAGCUUCAUCACACAUAGUGUCAUUGUUUUCUGUUUCUAUUCAAGUCACUUUGUCAUGAUAAUGCAAGUUGUCGGCGGUCGGAACUUUAGAUAGGCUGCCAUAGUCUUUCUGCUCAGCUUGGCUAAACAUAUCCCAGAUCUUUUUCUUUGAUACACAGCGAUGAAACUGAUAUUGGUCUUUUCUUCUGAAUAUGCUUCAGUUACCAAACAAAUAUUCUUCUUCUUGUUCUUUUAUUUGUCACAUUUUUAUUAGAAAAAAACAAGAAACAGUUUUGGAUUUUAUAAUCAGAGCACUUUGUUAAGCAUUGUGCUCCUCGUAAUAGCAAAGAUCAAAAUUGAUUUGCUACAUGUAGCACUUUUUGGCACAAAUACUAUUAUUGGUGUUACAUUGAUACCUCAGUAUAGUCAGCCCUGUCUUCUAGAAAUCA